AUGAUUUCUGAUGAAGACUCGCCCUUCCUAAUUGAAAACUUAAAAAGAAUACUGCGGAGAGGAAACACAAAGGUCGUCCACGACAAAAGGAAGAAGUACGUUGACGAUGUCUUUGACUUAGCGCUUAGCAACUUGCGCUCAGGGAGGGGAAAAAUAGAAAAGUCGCCACAAAUAGACCUUAAGGGAGUAUCAAACAAGGUACGACAUGGUGAAAGUUACCUCGAAUGCGAAUCAUUAACCCUUUCGAAUGGGUUCUCGUCAGACGUGGCAAGCACCACAGAGGAAAGUGAACGACAUAAUAAGUGUACAUUUUCCGCAAAGGCGAAUUACGAUUCGGAAAAUUCUGAUGAUGAAGAACAUUUUGAGUGUUCCCCUGGAUUUAGGAACGACGAAGAGAUCAGACUCUUCAAUGAAAAUAUUAAGAGGAAGUUCUAUAAUGAUCUCCUCGACUAUUAUAAUGUACUAAAAUUAGAACAUUUUGAUGAGAGCCCCAAUUGUGGACAAUCAGCUUAUCCAUGUGAGGAUUUUGGGCUAAGCCAGGAUCACAGUGGAUGUGAAAACUCUCCAAGUGUGGGGAAGAAUGUGUUGGAUAACUCCCCCGUGGGAGCAAAACAUGUCGCGCCAGGAUGGGGAGGUCAGAGAAAGCAACAUAACCAUAAUAUAGGGGGAAAGACGCAACACCCCCUACUUACCAGUGAUAAGAAAUGUAUGCAGAGAAGUGGUGCCUCUAAAAAUAAUGCUCAUGGGAGGGUCACUCCAAAAUCUGUCCUUUCAAAUGGAAUGAUAAAAAGGAAGAAGGAAAUUUUAGAGAAUGCAUUUACAAAGUUGGAAGAUAAGCCCACUGCCACUCAAGACAAGAAAUUCGCAUCGUUCCUGCCAAGUUGUGGAGGCAUAGAAUGCGAUUCAGAAGGAGGAGAAAGGAAGAGUACCCACAAAGGGAGUAAUAAGCCUAAUGUAGAUUCGAAAGAGGCAAAGAGGGGAAACAAGGGACUUGAAAGUUGCGACGAUUUAGCGAAUGGCAAGAUAGAAGCAGCUGCUUCUUCCCAGCCCACUGAUGCUGAUAAAUCGAAAUACACAAAUGGGGGUAAAGCCUUACGAGAAAUUAUCGAUAAAGGAGGUGUUGCUAAAAAUGGCAAAGCUGACAGAGAAAAAAGGGGAGUUAGAAGGAUAAACUUAAAUAAAAACCAUAACCACUUAGAAAGAGAUGCCAGUGAGCUCUCAAGAGACACACCCCCCUGCGAUGAGAAGAGGAGUCAUGUGAGCCUUCAAAUUGGUGGUUCUAGCAGAUCAGGUCGUUCCAACCUAAAUGAAGAGAGAAAAAAUGGGAAUCUCCCACCUGACGGAGCAGAAUUAGACAGUAGUGAAACGAACGCGUCCUUAAGUAACGAGCUUAAGAAGGACUCCAAAAUGAGUAGGAAGCAUAUUUGUAAAAGUUCAACAAUUCUUUCGCGAAGAGAGCGGCCCAGUAUAAAUCAAAAGAGUAGUGAAAAAAUAGCUCAAGAAGGAGAAACGUCCGAUUCGAGUAAUGGACUAGAGAAAAGGAGGUUGUUUAUCAUGCAUUCGAGGAAGAAGACAGUGUACAAGGGGGAGUCCCAGAAAAAGCGAUUAAGGAAAAAUAAAGAAAAACUGAAGAAAUGUUCUAUGGAUUCUUUCGAUAAGGGGAGAGGAAAUAACUCCACGCGUGAAAAGAAAAAAGUGGAUCGUGGAAAAUGGGAAAAUAAAUCGAACAGUAGCAUAUUCGAGGGAGACUCUUUAGAAGGGGAAAUUCUGGAGAGGAAGAAAAGAAAGGGAAAAUUGCCGCGUCCGAAAGGGAGUGAGCAGUUCCUAUCUUAUGUGAACAGUAGAGGAAAUAAAACGAAGGUAGAGAAAUAUCAGGGGAGUAAGGUAAGCUCUGUGGAGUCCUCAAAAUCUGACAGGGAUGAAAGUAGUAGCAGUUCUCAUUUGAGGCCAAAUUCCGAGGGAUAUCGAACACAUGGUAGCAAAGGGAAUGACGAAGAGGUACUAGAAGGGAGACCUUUGGAGAUGCUAACGUUAUCCAUGAAGCGCUUUCAUUUUUAUAAAGGGGAAGGAGAUGAAGAGAAACUUAAAUUUUGCGAAAAGCAUCGUUCUGGUGAAAAAGUAGAGUUUGACCAAAAAGGAGAAUAUAUUUUUUGCGACAAAUGUAGGGAGAUUAAUGCAAAUAUGGCAGACGAGAAUUUGAAAAAUGGUGUCAGUGAAGACAUGAUGUCUAAGAGUGUUCUUGUGAGAAAACAGGAGGAUCAUCAGUACGCCAGAAAAGGAGAAGGUUCCAAUGAGGACAAUUCCUAUGUAACCCUAGAAGAAGUUUCAAAGAAUGGAGCGCAUAACUUCUACCUUCGAAGGAGCAGAUACACCAGUUUAAGGAGUAAAUCUAUUCGACUGAGCGGGGUAUAUGAUUGGGGUGAUCACUACUCAGGUUACAGCGAGGUGGAAGAGCACCAUCAUGAUCCGAAUGACGACAAAUACCUCUUUCCAUUUUGCGACGAAAUGUAUGAAGAUGGAAAAUUUGCAAGAGAGGUCUACCUCCCCAGGGGGGACUCUGUCCUGGAAAACGGCAACCAAAGCAGCAACAGAAGCGGCAACGAUGACCUCUAUUUACCCUUUCAAGAAUCAACGCCCAGGGGGGAGGAAUCCAUCCCAGAUGAGUUAUUACACAGUAAGCCCCCUACUAGCAAUGUGGAGAGCGAACAUAGCGACGACACACAAUUGAGAAGGCGCGAAUACAUUCGGGGGCAAAUUUGCAGAAUAUUGAAAAAGGAAAACUGGGACGGUGAAGCAGAAAGUAUGUUAAACCUUUUCUUCAGGUGCGUGGAUGUAGAGGCGGAAUGCAGCAAAAAUAGCCACACACUGAUUGGGGAGGACAUAAAAAAGGAUAAAAAGGGAGUUCGAAAGGGGGGGAGAGGGAAAAGGGGAAACAAAACAGGGAUAUGCAAAAAGAAGCAACAACUGGCAGACAUAGAAAGGGGGAAAAACGGGGGUGUGGACAAGUUGGAAAGGGUCUAUUUGGAUGACGCCCCAAGGAGCAUGCCGCUGACCAUGCUAAUAGUAAGAAACUACGAGGAGGGGCAUCUGCAUCAUCAGCAGGAGCGGAAGGAGGGGAGCGAAAAGGUAAGCGUAAAAUAUAAAGUCGAGUUGACAGGUGUGAAAAAUCCCAUGGGGAUGAAGAAAGCAGUAGAAAAGGAAAAAAAUCUGUUUUCAAGGAUAGAAAGGAUAUAUGAUUUUUGUGCUUCAGAUGGAGAGGAAUGUGCAGAACGGUGGGACAAUAACCUGGUAGACAGGUUUAUUCCAUUUCCUAACAUGGGGUGGAGUUGUUCCAAGGAAGGUUAUCAACAUGAGGUGUUAAGUAUUCACUCCGCGUUGGGUCAGGAAAGGGAAGGUGUCUUUUUCGAUGAUGAGCGGGAGAAUCUCAUUAAUGAGGAAAGGAGCCACAUGGGCGGAAAAGGCCUCAUGCUUGGUGAUGCUUUUUUAGGGGUUCCGAAAAAGGAGGGAACUAACAAGGCUAAUAAGUUUGUAAAGAAAUCCCCUCUCGCCAAAUGGAAUGUUAAUGUGUGUACCAAAUCGGUAAAGCAGCCUGGCGGAAAAAACGCUCUUGUGAAAAGGGGUCCCAAGGGUGUAGCUAUCCAUUUUGAUGGAAAGGGUUCUCUGAAAUAUUCCUUUAGGAAAGGUGUACCUGCUGUAGGUGGAAGGCCCGAAGGAAGAGCAAUCCAAAUUGGUACGUCUAAAAAAUCCCCCCUCCCGAGAAAAUCUUCAUUGGAAGGGAAUUAUCCAAAGGGAAAAGCAGCUAAAUGGGGAAAGGCACAUCAUGUAAGUAACUUUAAGGAUUAUCUUAAGCAAAUGAGAAAUACACGGGGAGGUAACAAAACAGAGGAGCCUCUUCCAAAGGAUGGACAAAAAAGGGAGGACUCAAGAGACACACUAGGGGGUUCUCCUUCAUCAAGUUCUACCGUAAAUGUUGUAGAUGAUAAGAAUGAGGGGAAGAUUAUUGGAAAAAGUUUUCUUCUACCAACGGGGGUAGAACCAGAAGUGGCUACGCCAGAAAUUUCGAACCGUCCAAAAGGUGAACCGGAUUCGUAUAGACAGUUAAAAAGCUCCUCAGGGCAUGGCUUCAAAAGGGGAGGAAGUAAGAAAGACGAAGACAUCAAACUUGUGAGUGACCCCCCGAGGGAUGUGUUGGACCCUCUGGUUAAGGCGCAUAAUGGUUCCCAAAAGGAUCAGCCUGACGCGGUGGAAAAAAAAGAAGAUAAGGAAGGAGAAAAAAAAAGAGGAUCUUCCAACACGUUUAAAGAUUCAUAUGCGAGGAAGAACAGUCAGGAUGGUGACAACCCCCGUAGGAGCUUUAAGACGGAUAAACAAAACCGCAAAUCAGUUGAGAAUGGCCCCCAAAGUUUGGAUGGAGGAGGAUCAUCUGGGAAACCUCCUCGAAGGGAAGAAAAGCCGACCUCUAAUGAAAAGGAGGAAGGAACUAAAACGCUGCAUGCAGGGGGGAGAAAGGAGGAAGGGUUAAGAUCUCCACCUAAGGAUGGAAAAAGGGAAAAGGAAGAAAAAGGAAAUUAUAACAGUAGGAGAAGUGAGGGGAUGGUUGACAAGCUUCACCCUAAUUUGAUAGAUCGAUUUUACGAGCCUUCCAAGGGUAGCAAGAUGGGAAAGAAGGAAUCGGAGGAAAGCGCUUUAGAACAAGAAGCAGAUACACUUAACAAGGAAGGAUCGCCUCGAAGAAUACUUAGGUCCAUUGAGGUAGCAUCCCCAGGGAAAAUGAGUUUUAGACACAAGAGUUCUCUCACAGGGGGGAGGAGCAUAUCACAUUUUUUGAGCAAACAUGAGAAGGAAAAGAAGCAAAAGUCUGAUUUGGGCCCAUCAGCAGAGAACAAAAUUUCCAGGGGUAAGAACGAAAAGGCCAAGACUGCAAAAGGGCUUAUUGAGAAGGGCCAAUAUUAUGGUUUUACCAAUUUGGGGAAAAAUGUCGAGCAAAAUAUUUCCCCCCUAAUGGAAGCAAAAGAGGGGGAUCCUCUAAAGUCUCAUCAAAGGAGGAGCCCCCCAAGUGUGAGCAAUAAAAGUGAAAUAAAGUUGACUGCCUCUCACCACGGUACGAGGCGUAUAUUUAAUGAUCCUAGGAAGGAAGACACUCACGAGGGGAAUAACGCGAAGAGGACAACGAACCUGGUUGGACGCCGAAAAAGCAGUCUUAUCAAUCGAAGGGGAAAACCAUCUCCCCGAGCAAUGGGCUCGUUUCCACGCAAAAAGACGCUGAGACAAAUGGACAAACCAGUUUUAAAAAAUGAAAAAGGGAUGGCAAGGAAUUCGAACUAUGUCGAUUUAAGGAAUAUUGAAUGCUCCAAGAGUACCCUCGAAUUUCUUCUUGAAAAAAAAUAUCUCAAAAGAAAUAAUCCAGGUGAAGGAACGGAUGGUACUGAAGGGCAGAAGAAGAAGAAGAAGAAAAAAAAAAAAAAAAAAGACCUUUCACUUGUUUGCAACCAGAGUGUGGGGCGACAGUUGUCCAAACGUUUUGCGAUGAGUAGACAAGAAAAUGAAAAAAAAAUGUCAAACAGGAAAAUCGCAAAUGCGAAGGAAGUACCAGAAACAGAUCAGUUCUCAAAUCUGAGUUACAUUGAGGGCGGCAGAGGGGAGCCCCCCGUCCUUUGGCCGCGAAAAUUGUUUAUUGAGGAGGAGGAAAAAAAAAAAGAAGAAAAGAGGGUUUAUCCACCGUCAUCGGCGUCAUCAUCGGAAGCACCAUCAUCACGAAGGUCAGCCGCCACAACAGCAGGAACACCCGCAGCAGACCUCACACGAGGUGUGGAAAAAAGGGAGGCCUUAAAACUUGCGCAAAUCAAGGCAGCACACACAUCGUGCACGUUGCGUUUAAAUGAGGAAACAAAAGCAACCCCUUUUGGGUAUAACCUCUUGAGACAAGAGAAGGACGAAAGGAAAUUUAAAAGACGAACAAGUCAUGUCCACUCGAGCAAAAGCAGUCUCAGUUAUAGGCUAACAAACGUUGUUCGAGUGAAACGAAAAAUUUACUUGAGUGACAUGGACGUGGAGCGUUCUCCAGGGAUGGAUUCCAGGGGGAGAGAAGACGUGGGAGCGAGUUUUACAGGCGAGGAGGAGGAAACGCAGUCGGAAAGGAGGGUGGUUGAGCAGAUCGAUCAAAUAGGGGACAACAAAAGUGACCAACCAACGGAGGCACACAAAGACAACCACAAAAAUGCAGGAAAAAUCGCAACAACCCUUCGCAAAGCGCCUGCGAAGAAGGCCAAACAGAUAGACCAUUUCUUAACCAUUAAAAUAAAUAUCAUCACGGUUUUUCUACACAGUUCGUAUGUUAAAAAAAUUAACAUGAAGGCAAGUUACAACAUACAGGUGACCAUUUAUUCGUCCAGUGAUAGGAAGACCAUCGAACAGAAUUGGAGGAAGGAGACUUUUCCAUGCUACUUCACAUCGCACACGAGCGGCAUAGGCUUAAGCUCCGACGCGUUCAAGAAGAUUGACGCCAUGUGCGAAAGCGAAACGAAGCAAUUCUUCAAACUGGUGGUAUCUUGUCGUCGGGAGAAGUCCUUCCUCAAAAAGGAGCUCAUACGAAUUUACAGCAGGACGUUUGAGGCGCCCAUAGAAUUGAAAACCUACUCCCUGAGUAAGAACAAGAAGUAUGCCUUCGAAACGGGGAGCUCAAACGACGAGUUGUACGAGAUGAAUGGUAAUGUGGGUGAAAACACGCGUGUGGCGUAG